UCGGGUUGCACAAAUAUUACGUAUGUAAAAUGUGCGCGCUAGCUUUUGCUAAAAUAAAACUUCACACUUUACAAAUGUGCUAACAAAUAAAAUAAAAGUAAUUUUGUAAAAUUUUGGAGAAAUAAUUUCGUUCGCUUAACAAAAUUCAACCAACUUUGCUGCCUUCAUGGUUUCCAUUUCACGUUUCCUUUUCCGUAUACUUUUCACACACGCAUUACCAUUUUAUGCCUUUCCAUUUUAUUCUUAUGUAAACACUGUUACCGCAUACCAGUCUAAAUUUAUGAUUUCAAUACGAAAAAUACGUAUUUAUCAAGUUAUCAGUGAAAUCUCGCCGUUAAUAUCUAUAUAUAUAUUUUUUUUACUUAUCUUUAGAAUUAUAUUCGUACAGUUAGCAAAAACAUGUCCGCAAACACAACAACUUCGUAAUCUUAUUCGAUAUUUCUUCCUGUACACGAAACUCGGUUUCCGAUAGAUUCCGUUUCCGUUAUUUUCUUAUUACUUUCUCACCUGCUUUGUUUACAAUUAUUAUUGAAAAUUGGCAGCUCUUUUUCUAACAAAACAAAAAACAACAGCUGCUCCAUUUGACAGUAGUAAAUGCAGUUUGUCAAGUUUGGUCAAUUGAGUCCCUAAGAGUGAAAGUGACACGCAAACAAAUUCUUAUCAUAGUGCUGUGCCAUUAAAAUAGCUCAAAAAUAAAUUUAAAUUCAAUAGCAAGUUUUAAUGUCGGCCAUCGAUGAACUACAGGCGAAAAUCGCCGAACUGAAAAAUGAAUUGGAGCAGCAGAAAAGCGCGACACGCGCAGCACGAGAGCGAAUUGAUAAAAUGUCUGCAGAAGUAGUGGACUCUAAUCCUUAUAGUCGUCUUAUGGCGCUACAACGUAUGGGAAUUGUUAAGGAGUAUGAGCGAAUACGUGAAAAAACCGUGGCUGUGGUCGGAAUUGGUGGUGUUGGUAGCGUAACAGCUGAUAUGUUAACAAGGUGUGGCAUCGGCAAAUUGAUACUUUUUGACUAUGACAAAGUGGAACUAGCAAAUAUGAAUCGACUAUUUUUCACACCAGAUCAGGCCGGUUUGUCCAAAGUGGAAGCAGCUGCGCGCACCUUAAGCUUUAUUAAUCCUGAUGUACGGAUCGAAACUCACAACUAUAACAUAACUACUGUAGAAUCAUUCGAUAAAUUCUUGAAUACUAUAUCUCACGGGGGUAUACAACCUGAUGCACCAGUUGAUUUAGUUUUAAGUUGUGUUGACAACUUUGAGGCACGCAUGGCCAUCAACACUGCAUGUAAUGAGCUCGGUUUAAAUUGGUUCGAAUCAGGGGUAUCUGAGAAUGCUGUUUCCGGUCAUAUACAAUUUAUACGGCCUGGUGAAACGGCAUGUUUUGGUUGUGCCCCACCCUUAGUUGUAGCAGAAAAUAUUGACGAGAAAACUUUGAAGCGUGAAGGAGUGUGUGCUGCUUCCUUACCCACUACUAUGGGUAUAACCGCUGGUAUGUUAGUACAAAACACACUCAAAUAUUUGCUCAAUUUCGGGGAAGUGUCCGAUUACUUGGGUUAUAACGCAAUGAACGAUUUCUUUCCACGUAUGAGUCUGAAACCGAAUACUCAAUGUGAUGACCGACACUGUCAAGAACGUCAAAAAGAAUACCAAGCACGACCAAAAGUAGUAGCAGAAGAAAGUGUUUUAGAGGAUGAUACGCCAUUGCAUGAAACAAAUGAAUGGGGCAUUGAACUAGUCGAUGAUUCUCCAGCUGUGGCAGAAGCAACAAGUGCAAGCAAAGAAGUUGCAACAGGUCUACGUUUAGCAUAUGAGGCACCAGAAACUACCACAGAAAGUGUACCUACAGUUGCCGCUGCUGCUAAUGUGGAUUUAGAUGAUUUAUUUGCUCAAAUGAAGGCAUUAUAAGAAAAGUGAUAGAAGUUUACUAAUUUAUUCCAAUAAUUAAGGCUAACUCAUAUUGCAUUAUUUUGUAUAGUAAAUAAAAAAUUUAAAACUAAAAAUUAUGAACCGAAAAAUAUAAAAUCCACUUUAUCUUUAUUUAA